ACGCCGACGAUAUGCCGCCCUAGUGCUUGUACUGCUCAUUUUACAGGAGUAGAACGGGUGAUUGAACAUUCCGACCAAUAGAGAAAAGCUGUAGUGUGCUCGGUUAGCAUUGAUGAAGUAGAAUGCGGUAGUUGAAACAAGCUAACGCUGUAUGACGUGCUCAAAGUAUGAUAAUACGAAGGUUUUGGAAGGAAAAAUAUCUGCAGUUCUUUCGUCAACGUGGGCUCAGCGGCGAGGAUUCACUGGGAGAUGAUCGAUCUUGCAGCAACUGAUGCUGCUCUUGUCCAAAUAGCCAAGAGUUGGGAAGGUACUCCUCGUGGCUCAUCACGAGUAGGAAUACCGUGCGUAAUUGGAAAAUGAGGGUUGAGUGGCUAUAGCCAGCUGAGUUCAUGUGAGAUGGGCGGCGAGUCACGGUAUCCAACUAGUACUGAAAGGCGCAUGGAUCUUAUGAUAUUGGCACGGCUACAUUUGGUUAGGCCCGGGAGUGCGAGGCGGAGACGGAUUCCAAUCAUACGUUGACAAUGAUUGGAGUAAGUUAGAAAGUGUAUUGAAAAGUGCUUGGAUUUGUGAAAGAAAAGGAAUGGAUGGAUGAUGAAAUGAAAGGUAAAUCCGAUAGAAGUGGAGUGGGAUAUGGUCUGAGGCAAAACAUGUGAUGGGGCAUUUGGAAGAGUAUGGAGGCCUCGUUUCGGAUCGAAAUGAAGCGGGAAGGAUGAGUCGAUGGGGGCCUAAGGGAAACGCAAACUUGGAUGGACUAGCUGAAGAAGGGGUCGAAUCCGCCGGUCGAGAGAUCCAUGGAUAUCACGUCAGAUUAGGACAUAUAGAGUUUCAAGGGCCAUGCUCAGGUCCGGUUCCUGUUUGAGCUAGGUGGAAAAGAGCAGAAAAUGCUUACCUGUAGUUACCGGCCGGAUUCUGGAAGAGAGGUACUGAAUAUACCGGGGAAAAAACAAAGGACGAGAGU